CCAACCAGACAACAAUCCACCUCAGGGGUGGCCGCCCAUUGGAAAGCAAUGGGCUCGUGAACCUCAAUCCUCCCAAUUCUCCUUCACGGGUCCCUAACAUGUGGUUCUUAUCUUGACCUUCGCUCUACAUAUAACAAUAGACAGCUUCAUCGCCACCAGUACUACGAGAACGCUAAAUACAAGAAACAACCGAUGAUGGAGAAAGCUGCGGGGAAAUUGGUGGUGGUAAUGGUGCUGGUGACGGCUGCCAUUUUUGAAGGCACAAGGUCGUUGAGUUUGUGUGACAUGAGUGACGAUGGUCUAUUGGCAUGCAAGCCAUCAGCGACGCAGCCAAAUCCGGUAGAUCCACCAUCGGAAGAAUGUUGCAAGGCGCUUACAGGUGCCAACUUGACGUGUCUGUGUUCAUAUAGGAAUUCCUGGAUGUUGCCUUCUCUUGGGAUUGAUCCUGAUCUUGCAUUAGGUUUGCCUGCCAAGUGCAACCUAACCACUCCCGCUGAUUGCUAAGGUAAGUUUUGUAACGAUUCAUUUUUCCAUUCAUAAUUCACUGGGCCACUAGGUCUAAGAUUAGAAAAGCCCAAUGACUAUAGGCUUUACUCUUGUAGACCGAUAGGGAGGCAACUACUGUCUGUGUUUUUAAAGCCUAUAAGUAAAAAGCCAUUUAAGGUCCAACGUCGAAGAUACCCUCGGAAAAAGAGCUUUUUUUUAUUUUCUUUUUUAAAAGAAAGGAGGAGAAGAUAUCGAUUUUUGAAA